AUCUUUUAUAUACACUUGUCUUUUUAAAUGAUUUCAAAAAUGUUGAUAAAUGAUGCACAAAUACAAAAUAGGAAUAUAUUCUUAUGCUUAUAUUAAAAACGUAAAAUAAGGUUUUUAAAAAUUACAAGAAAUUUAGAAAAAAAUUACCAGCCGAGAAGAGCAACACUGAUCAGAUAAACGUCAAAGUUUGUUUUUUAAAUUUCUCGAUUGAGGUUAUAAUUUUUAAGAGAAAUAAAUCAUAUUGAUUUAAUUUAUUAAAAACGAAUUAAUACCACGUUUAAUUUAGAGUACAAAAUGAAAUAAUUCUCACGUAUACAACAUUGCAAAAGUGUUUAAAGGAAGUGGAACCUUAUUUUGUUUAAUUACGGCAAAAUGUCGAUAAUAUUUAACAAAACAUUAAAAACUGUGAUUUAUUUUCGACAUUAUUCAGUAUUAUGUAAAAGAUUAGAUAAUAGUCCGUUAUUAAGUUGCUUUGCACAGUCUUUCAUACCGGUAAACCGUAGUUUGUUUUGGGAAAAAGAAAGAAAAGGUGGCUAUCGAAGCCAGGAAAAUGUCUCUUACAUUGAACAUAUGAAAAAUGGUUAUAAAGAACUUAAAGUCGAACUAAAGCUGUUUGCUAAAGAAAUGAAAGAAUUUUUAGAAGCUGAUCCACUGUUAAUAGCAAGACCAGGUGAAACUGAUCUACUUUGGUGUUUUAAUGAACCUACUGUAUUAGAUAAUUUUGUAACAACAUGUGACAGUGACCACAAUGAAGGUUUUAGUACCUGCCACUUUGACAUGAGUCCUGCUGGAAGGGCUAAUUUUCAUGGUUAUUUAGAUACCAGAGUACCUAAAGAUGGAAGAAUAAAAAAAGCUGGAUAUUGUGCUAUAAGAUCCAAGAGAGUAAGGAAAUCUUUUAAAAGGGGUAGUACAUAUAAUUGGAGCCUGUAUAACACAUUAGUCCUGAAAGUUAGAGGUGAUGGCAGAUCCUACUUACUAAACAUAUCCUGUGAAGGUUACUAUGAUAUAACAUGGAAUGAUAUAUAUCAUUAUGUAUUGUACACACGAGGUGGACCUUAUUGGCAAAUUGCUAAGAUACCAUUUUCAAAGUUUGUAUUGGGAUCAAAAGGUAGACUACAAGACAGGCAAAGCAGAAUGAGAUUUGACAAAGUGACACACUUUGGUGUAUCAUGUGGAGAUAAAAUAAAUGGUCCAUUCAAUCUAGAAAUUGAAUAUGUUGGUUUAGAGUUUGACCCAACUCACGAAGAAGAGUUUGCUUAUGAAAUGUACAAAACUGAUAAGUACAUAGUAGGAGUUUAAUAGGAAAAUUAUGUGAAAAUUGUUAAUUUUAG